GCCGGCCGGCCACCCGCCUGUUCGCCCGUUGGGCCCCGCUCUUCUCUGGCGCCCCGGCCCCGCUGCCUGCGAGAGACCGAGCGAGAGAGCGCGAGAGAGCGGCUGGGCGAGGCGGACCGGUGCUCGGGCGCUCCUCUCCUUCCGUGGCGGCGGCGGCGCUGCGGCUCUGCGGGGCACGUGGGCAGGCAGGAAGGAAAGGAAAGCAGGGGUGCGUGGCCCGGCUGACCGGCUGGCCCCGAAGCGGCGCCUCUCCGGGCUGAGCUGCGUCCCGCUUUCCCUCCCGCAGACGGUGGGCACCGCCGCCAGGAUGUCCCGCUGGCCCUUGGCCGCCCUGCUGUUGCCGCUGCUGCUGGCCUGCCUGUCCCGCCGCUCAGAUGCGCUGGCUGUGAUGUCCGUGGAUCUGGGCAGUGAGACCAUGAAAAUCGCCAUUGUCAAGCCAGGAGUCCCCAUGGAAAUUGUUCUGAACAAGGAGUCUCGGAGGAAAACACCGGUGGCUGUGUCCCUAAAGGAAAGCGAGCGCCUCUUUGGUGACAGUGCCAUCGGAAUGUCCAUCAGGACUCCCAAAGCGGCCUUCCGAUAUUUCCAGGACCUCCUGGGCAAGCACACAGAAAACCCCCUGGUGGCGCUGUAUCGGCUGCGGUUCCCAGAGCAUGAGUUGGUGAAGGAUGCCCGGCGGGAAACCGUCAGCUUCAGGCUGUCGGAGAAAAUCCAGUAUUCUCCGGAAGAGAUUCUGGGCAUGGUCCUGAACUACUCUCGCUCCCUGGCAGAAGAGUUUGCAGAACAGCCCGUCAAGGACGCCGUCAUCACCGUCCCGGCCUACUUCAACCAGGCAGAGAGGAGAGCCGUGAUGCAUGCAGCGAAGGUGGCUGAUCUCAAGGUUCUGCAGCUCAUCAACGACAACACUGCUGUGGCCUUAAACUAUGGCGUAUUUCGAAGGAAGGACAUCAAUGCCACGGCACAGAACAUCAUGUUCUACGAUAUGGGCGCUGGCAGCACCGUGUGCACCAUUGUCACCUACCAGACCGUGAAGACAAAGGACUCGGGGACCCAGCCGCAGCUGCAGAUCCUGGGUGUUGGAUUUGAUCGCACGCUCGGGGGGCUAGAAAUGGAGCUGCGCCUUCGCGACCACCUGGCCACCCAGUUCAACAAGCAGCACCCGUCCAAGGACGUCCGGCAGAACCUCCGGGCCAUGGCCAAGCUGCUGAAGGAAGCCAAUCGCGUGAAGACUGUUUUGAGUGCCAAUGCUGACCACAUGGCCCAGAUUGAGGGCCUGCUGGAUGACAUUGACUUCAAGGCCAAGGUUUCCCGGCAGCAGUUUGAGGAUCUGUGUUCGGAUAUGUUCCAGCGGGUUGCAGGACCUGUGCAUCAGGCGCUCCACAGUGCCGGGAUAAGCCUGAAUGAAAUUGAUCAAGUGAUCCUGGUUGGAGGGGCCACUCGAGUGCCAAAGGUUCAAGAAAUUCUGCUGAGUGUGGUGGGCAAGGACGAGCUGGGGAAGAACAUCAACGCUGACGAAGCUGCCGCGAUGGGGGCUGUCUACCAGGCAGCUGCACUCAGCAAGGCCUUCAAAGUGAAGCCGUUCCUCGUUCGGGAUGCUGCCCUUUUCCCCAUCCAGGUUGAGUUCACCCGUGAAGUGGAAGAGGAGGAUAAGUCCAGGAGCCUGAAGCACAACCGGAGGAUCCUGUUCCAGCGCAUGGCUCCCUAUCCGCAGCGCAAGGUCAUCACCUUCAAUCGCUACACAGAUGACUUUGAGUUCCACGUCAACUAUGCGGACAUGGCCUUCUUGAGCGAAAGUGACCUGCGGAUGUUUGGGUCCUUGAAUCUCACCACAGUGAGGCUGCGAGGUGUGGGUGAGAGCUUCAGGAAGCACACAGACUACGAGUCCAAAGGCAUCAAGGCGCAUUUCAACAUGGACGAGAGCGGCGUGCUGAGCCUGGACCGGGUGGAAUCGGUGUUUGAGACUGUGGUCGAGGAUAAGCCAGAGGAGGAGUCCACGCUUACAAAGCUUGGGAACACCAUCUCGAGCCUGUUUGGAGGGGGAAGUUCUGUGCCAGAAGCCCCUGAAAACCUGACAGAAACUGUUCAGGAAGAGGAGGAGAGCCAAGCAGAAUCAGGAAAGGAGGACCAGAAAGACAACGCUGGGGCUGCUGGUGAGGAGGAGGUGAAGCUGCAGCCGCCAACGCCCGCCCCGGCUGAGGAGAAAGUGGCUGCAGAGGCCUCUGCAGGAGAGGACCAAGAAAAGGAUGCGGGCAAGAAGCACAACUCCCAGGAAGCCAUGGAGAAGCCAGGAUCUGGGAAGGCCGAGGAGCCUGCUAAAAGUCCUGGGGGGGACGGUGCAAAAGCACAAGAGGAAGGAGAUGAGAAAAAGCUGAAGCCUCCAAAGAAGCAGAAGGUGGUGGAAGAGAUCACGGUGGAGCUGGACGUGAACGACGUCCCUGAGCCUCUGCCGGAAGAGCUGCAGGCCUCCAUCAACAAGUUGCAAGAGCUGACUGCAAGAGACCUCGAGAAACAGGAGAGGGAGAGGUCGGCCAAUAGCCUGGAGGCCUUCAUCUUUGAGACCCAGGAUAAACUGUACCAGGAGGAGUACCAGCUUGUUUCAUCUGACAAAGAGAGAGAAGCAAUCCUCCAGAAGCUCAGUGAAGCCUCCACCUGGAUGGAAGAAGAAGGCUUUGCAGCCACGACUAAGGAACUGAAGGAGCGGCUCUUGGAACUGAAGAAGUUGUGCCGCAGCCUGUUCUUCCGCGUGGAGGAGAGGCGGAAGUGGCCGGAGCACCUGGGUGCCUUGGAAGGUCUUCUCAAUCACUCCGCCAUCUUCCUCAAGGGAGCCAGAAUGAUCCCAGAGGCCGAUCAGAUAUUCACAGAGGUGGAGCUGAGUACCCUGGAAGCAACUAUAAAUGCUACAGCGCUGUGGAAGAACGAGACUCUUGCAGAGCAGAGCAAACUGCCUCCCACGGAGAAACCUGUCUUGCUCUCCAAAGACAUUGAGCUGAAGAUUGCUGCUCUGGACAGAGAGGUCCAGUAUCUCCUCAACAAGGCCAAGUUUGCCAGGCCUAAGCCCAAGAAGAACACCACCAAAACAGAAGCAGGCAAGAACGCGACAGUGCCCCCCCUGGACGAGAACGUCAUUCCUCCGAAGGAGGAGAGCCAGGAAGAUGAUGCCAGCCCAGUCAAAGAGCCCCCCACAGUGGAGAAUUCCAUAUUGGAUGACGACUCAAGACCAGACAUGGACCAACAAACAGAAAAGAAUUCAGAUGCAAGAGAAGACACCAGAAAAAAUGAUGAAUUAUAACAGUUUUGAAA